AGGACCACCGCUGACUGGAGAUCACUGUGACGACCAGGAAGGGGGAGAUCUGUUAUUGCCUUGGUGGUGGGGAGGCGACCACUCACCAAAUCACCGACCAGCUGGGACCCCGAAAACAUUGUGAGGGGGGAAAAAAGGAUUGAAGGAAAUAGAAAAAAUAUAAUAACAAGGGAUUAACUGUCAGCUUCAACGGAGCAAUCAGGGAGUUCGUUGAAAACGGCACCAAAAAACACCCAGAUAUUCUCUCGCUCUCGCUCUCUCUGCCUCUGUCUCCCUCUGUGUGUGCUAAGUUGCUGGUCGAAGUGGACAGCUGUUCAAAAACAAGGGAAGAAGGAUGGAGGAAAAAAACAGUGAAAUAAAAAACAGCCCUUGGGUAAAAUACUCAUUCUACAUCCUCUUGUUUUCUAAAGCCACCAUAAUAUGAGAGAGAGGUGCAUCGCUGAACUAGUGCAGCAUGCAUCAGCACUGAGGCAGGACGAAGGAAGGAGCGGCGUGUGAGAGACGGUGACAGCCUGUGAUAGAGGGAUGAGGGAGGAGUGCAAGGGAAAGGGAGCGAGAGAAGAACUGGAAGGUCAUUACCACUAGGCGAGACAGAAAUGAACAGGGAUCUGUCACCCUUUGACACCUACUCUCUUAAAGGCUACCUUCAACACAAAUCAACAAAAGAGCUGAAUCCUGCUGCAUUCGCAUAUACGAAAGCCCUCCACAGAACCUGACUCAACCAGCCAAUGCAUUCCCAGAGGAAUGGCCUAUGUCCAUUGUGAAGAGGACACUCCUACCUUGUUCCUAUCCUUCUAAAUGUACCUAACCAAAGAACUUGGUCACUUGUUAUGACUGUCUGACCACAACAUCCUCUUUUGACUGCGACCCAAACCAGGAAUUGGCCUCUGUCUACAGAAAGGAAGAAGGGAAUAACUUUGACCAGCCGCUGCUAAGAGGAAUAGCCUCAUCUGUUGUUCAAGAGAACACACACUGGAUUGGUGAAUGUGUCUCAAACCAAGACGGACUAGGUGUACUAAAGAGACAUCCCUAUUCCCUAGAAUCUCUACACUGUACUACAAGCAGGAAUAUCUGUAUCGGUUGACGUAAACUCCUACUGGAGGGGUAGGCUGAGGCAAUUGGAGAGCUGACAGACAGAUUGACCGUCAGACAGGUGGCAUUUGAUCUCAACAUGGGAGAGACAGCCGAGUACCAGCGACUGUCCAGCGAUGACGAGGAGAAGCUAGGCAGUAAUAUGCAGUCGGAGGAGGGCACAGAAUGGCUCCUGGAGCUGCUGAUGGAGGUGCAGCUGCAGCAGUACUUCCUGCGUAUCCGCGACGACCUCAACGUGACGCGACUCUCCCACUUCGACUACGUCAAGAACGAGGACCUGGAGAAGGUCGGCAUGGGGCGGCCCGGGCAGAGACGGCUGUGGGAGGCGGUCAAGAGGAGGAAAGCAAUGUGCAAGCGGAAGUCCUGGAUGAGCAAGGUGUUCAGUGGGAAGCGUCCGGAUGGCGGGGACUUCCAGCAGGCUGCGCCCACCUCCUCCUUCCGCAAGCUGUCCCCCAUGCCACCCCCAGCGGUUGAGGGGGGUCCUCAGUCCCUGUACCAGCCCCCCCAGCACCAGGCCCUCACCUGUCUGAUCAGCGAGAAGGACCUUGCUCUCUUCGAGAAGCUCGGCGACGGCUCCUUCGGGGUGGUCAAGAGGGGCGAGUGGUUCACGCCCGCCGGGAAAGUGUUGACUGUAGCGGUCAAGUGUCUGAAGACAGACAUGCUGAGCCAGCCGGAGGCGUUGGACGACUUCAUCUGCGAGGUCAAUGCCAUGCACUCCCUGGACCACCAGAACCUCAUCAGGCUGUACGGAGUGGUGCUCACACAACCCAUGAAGAUGGUGACCGAACUAGCCCCGCUUGGCUCCCUCCUGGAGCGCCUGCGCUGCGUUCGGCCACAGGGCCCCAUCCUCAUCCACAUGCUGUGCCAGUACGCCGUGCAGGUGGCGUGCGGCAUGGCCUACCUGGAGCAGCGGCGCUUCAUCCACCGUGACCUGGCCGCCCGCAACAUCCUGCUGGCGUCGGCCCAGAGGGUAAAGAUUGGCGAUUUCGGUCUGAUGCGGGCGCUGCCCAACAACCACGAACACUACGUCAUGCAGGAGCACCGCAAGGUGCCGUUCGCGUGGUGUGCCCCGGAGAGCCUGAAGACGCGGACAUUCUCCCACGCCACAGACACCUGGAUGUUCGGGGUGACGCUGUGGGAGAUGUAUACCCACGGACAGGAGCCCUGGCUGGGCCUCAAUGGCAGCCAGAUCUUACACAAGAUUGACAAGGAGGGUGAGCGUCUACCCAAGCCAGAGGACUGUCCCCAGGACAUUUACAACGUCAUGCUGCAGUGCUGGGCCCAGAAACCUGAUGACAGGCCCACCUUUGUCGCCCUCAGAGAGUUCCUGCUCGAGACCAUGCCAACAGACAUGUGCGCGCUGCAGGACUUUGAAGAGUCCGACAAGCUUCAGAUUCAGGUCAAUGACGUGAUCACCAUCAUCGAGGGCAGAGCGGAGAACUACUGGUGGCGGGGCCAGAACAAGCGCACGCUGAAGUUGGGCCAGUUCCCCAGGAACGUGGUGACCUCGGUUGCAGGCCUGUCGGCCCAUGACAUCAGCAGACCCCUCAAACACAGCUUCAUCCACACAGGCCAUGGAGACACAGACCCACACCGCUGCUGGGGAUUCCCGGACCGCAUCGACGAUCUGUACCUAGGGAACCCCAUGGACCCACCAGAUGUCUUGGGGUUGGAUCUCAAUGCUGCCCAGCCUACUCAGCUACCAGGACGAGCAAAAAAGGAAGCACCUACUUGUCCCCCCCAGCCGUUGGUGCUUGUCAAGAAGCCGUGCUACGACUCGGUGACUGAGGACGAGGAGCUGACUGCCUCAGGCCUCAAGGGGCUGUCACUACUGAAAGUGGGCUCCAUCAAAGGCCUCAAGCUGAAACCCGCCACAUGUGUCUCCGCCUCCAAACAGGGGGGCCGUACUAUGGGCUCAGGCCACACCCCCAGUGAUGUGUCACUCAUCGACUUUGGGGAGGAGGUUCCCCCGGCCGCAUCCUCUCCCUCCCCGGUGGUGGAGCUCCAGGUGCCCUCGUUGGCCAAGCUGGCCCUGGACGCAGAGUUUAUUCUGGAUCGUACUCCUACCCAGAGCCCGUGGCGCUCGCUGCCCCGCCCCUUACACCCCAUGCCAGUGGUGGACUGGGACGCCCGGCCCUUACCUCCACCUCCUGCGUACGAUGACGUGGCGCAGGACGAGGAGGACAUGGAGGUGAGCUCCAUCAACUGCCUGAAUCAGCAGCAGGGGGGGAUGGGUGAGAGCCACAGCCCCACAGAGACCUUGCCGGCUGGUGAGGAGAAGGCCAUGGCCGGUGCAGCCGACAAACCCCUGGAGGACAACCUCUUCCUGCCCUCUAAGCAGGGCCUGACCUCCACAUCCUUCUCUCAGUCAGCUGAGAUCUUUCAGGAGCUCCAGCAGGAGUGCAUGAGGAGGCUCAAUGUGCCCACGGGAGGAGGUCCCCAGCCCCCCUUGCUGUCCCCAAUCUCCGGCCUCCAGUCAAUGGACGUCCACCGCCAGAUCAUCUUGUUCUUCUCUGAGGACAAGCCCCAGAUCCCUCCACGUGUACCCAUCCCGCCUCGCCCUGUCAAAAGGGGGGACUACACCCGCUGGUCCGGUGACCUCUCCCUGUCCCUGACUCCAGCUUCUGAGGAAGUCCAGGACCGCCCCCCUCAGAUCCCCCCGCGGGACCCCCUGUCCCAGCCGGGCUCGCGCACCCCCAGUCCCAUGGGCCAACAGGUGGGCUCCCCCCAGCAAAGGGCAAUGGUUUUCCCCAGUGCCCCUCCUCCGCCCACAUACGGAUCCUACCUCUCCACGUCCCCGGGGAAACUCAUGCCCACCACACAUAGCUUUGCCUUGGACCCCAAAUAUGCCGCACCCAAGAUCAUCCAAGCACAAGCCCAGGGUAAGGACCUGGCCAAGGGGCCCUGCAUCCUGCCCAUUGUCCGCAACGGCCGCAAAAUCAGCAACACGCACUACUACCUCCUGCCCGAGAGGCCGCCUUACCUGGACCGCUACGACCGCUUCUUCAGGGAAGCGGAAAAUGUGCCGACUGGUGGCAGCGGUGGGAUAUGCGAGGAGAGGCGGCAGGCCAACACGGCCACGGUCAGGCCCAUGAUGGUGAACCAGCAGCCGCAGAACCAGGGGGGAGACCUCAAGCCCAACUUUUCCUCCAACAACAACACUAGCCUGGGCUUUCGGCUGGGCAUGAAGUCCUCCCUCAGCCUGCCCAGGGUAGGCUCUGACGGGUCAGCCGGCAGGGCAGAGGGGGGAACCACAGCAGAUGGGGUCAAGAUGGUGCAGGAGGCGGUCCAUGGCGUGACUAUAGAGGAGUGUCAGACAGCCCUCCAGAACCACAACUGGAACGUGCAGAAAGCUGUGCACUACCUCAAGGUUGAGCAGCUUUUCUGUCUUGGCCUGAAGAACAGGACAGAGUGUCUCAAGGUGUUGGAGAUGUAUGACUGGAACCUAGAGGUGGCCAGCACUCAGCUCCUGGACUCCUACGGCUCCAUCCGGCAAAGGCGGUGACCGAUGUCACAAGGAGCCAUGGCUGAGUCCGUUCAGAACUCUUUUCAUUCAUCAGCGGUCUUUGAAGGGGCGGAGUCUGCUCCCGUCUCUCCGUUACGAUUUGCCAGAUGCAUCCAAUAUGCAGUCUUGCCCACACUGAGGACCUGGAAGCUAACCCGCACUAACACCGAAUAGGAGCGGAAGUCUGCUUAAAACGCAAGGAGUGGAACCAUACUCUUGAAGGGACCAUGUUGUCUGGUCCCUUACCUAUAGCUCAUCACUGAAGGAAAAAUGUCAUUUUUCGGUGCUGGUCUACCCAAUUCAGUUAUAUCACUGCCACAAUAGACCAACUUAGAUUACCCCUUUGUGUUAUUACUAACUUAUAUGAAUCAGGGUCGUAUUGCAUCCCUUUGAAAAUCAACAGAAACGGCAGUACCAUAGUAAAAGAGUAGACCUCUCCUCUACCAAAGCACUCCCCUACACCCCUACUGUAUGUGUGCUGUGUUAGGCUCCUCAGUUUGGAUAGGGACUUUGUUUUCGGGUUGUCAGCAUCCUUCUGCUGCAAUGCCCGCCUUCCCAGGCCUCCCAAGGUGCUCUACUGCGUUUCAGCAGAGGUCAAAGUUCAAAAAGCCCACUGGAAGGAGAGAACGAACAUUAAAGAGAACUAAACAAUAUGCAUCUGGUCCACGUUUAAGUGGACUCCUUCUUUUAUGUUCUGUUCUACAGAGUUCUAUUUGAUUUAUAUUAAGGAGAGGAAUUACUUUUUUAUGCACACAUACAGUAUAUUAUAUAUAAGAAGAGUUCAGAUGUUUUGAGUUUAUAUAUUUGCAGCGAAUAUGCGCUGAAAUGUGGUGUUUUUUCUUUUUAGUUCUCUGUUCUUUCAUAUAUUUUGCUUUUGAACCGGUCGUUUGAAAAGGGGGACAUAUUGAAAAUGUUCAACUCUCUUGAGAUGUUUUAUUUUCAUUUGAUCAGUUAAGCCGUUUAUGUUAGAAUGUGCUCCCCCUGAAUUGAGUUCACUUGUGGCUCUAAGUGCUAUUCAUUUCAUCCACUCCAAAUGUCCAUUUAAUCGUGCCCUACUGGUGAACAGAACGAUUUGACACCUGACUCUUUUUUUGUGCUCCCUCACUAUCUACUCUAAGCACUUUUCCCACACAAAACUACUGUUGAAAAUGGCCCACUGGCUUGCUUAUUUUCAAAGCACAUUGAUACUUAAAUAAUUAAUUAAGAACGUUGCCAGUGCUCCAGGACAAAGAUUUCCCCGAGCAGAGACAAUACCCCCUAGCAACUUGUCUUUACUAUUAGGAGCUAAAACCUUUAGUCAUCACCAAUAGGUUGCAGAGAAUUUUGAGGGGAAGAAAUGUCAGUACUGGCCCUAGUUGGUUACUCACAUAAAGCACAUGCAAGAUCCAAAAUGUCACAAUACUGGAUUAGACUCGGCCAAUAAAGUAUGCAGACCUCUCCAAACCUAGAACAAACUAAUGUAAAAUGUGAGUCUGUUUUCGAUGUAUUUUCUAUACUGUGCUAUCCUCUAUAUUCAUCAUAGACCAGUGGAGCAGAGAUUCUGCAAUGGUUGCACGCAACCUGCUGUUUUCCGUGUGUUAUGAUUCAAAUUAUGUUUUUGAACAUUAAGAUCUUUUAUAGUUGAUUCCAAUUUGUAAAUAAGUCUUACCUGAGAAGGCCUGAAAACUGACCUCAAAUCAGUUAAAAUUCCAGCACAGACCAACACGUUUAAACUGGCAGACUCCAAGUAGACCACUCCUACCAGUGUAGCGGGCUUGCAGGCUGGUCUUUCCCCAGUCUUUCUGUAGUCACUGUACCAAUUUGGACGUUUGACUGGGUUUGUGCCUGUCUCUGUGUGUGAAACAGACUGUAUAGACAUUCUCCAGUGUCUGUUUGUGAACACAGUGUACUGUCUCAUAAACAUUUUGCUCAUGUUACAAACUCAAACUUUGUCUCGUUGCCCUGUUCUUUCAGUCGUUUGCCCUCGCAGAUAAGGUCUGGAUGUGUUAAAUCAAUUUGACAGUACGCCACAUAGCCUAUUGCAGGAUUUAAUAGAGUGAGGCGAUCUGUCAUACCUAUCCUCCCGUAAAGAUUUAUGCAAGCCAAUCCUCAAAGGGCUGCGGUAAAGGGUACACGUUUUUGGUUUGGAACACAGCCAUUGUAGAACUUUCUGUACGCAAUAAUAAUUAUCCUCUUCCAAACAGUCAAGGCCAUCCAGCCGUGACAAAAAGAGAAUGCUUCCAUUGCUGUGAACUCCUUGAUAUACAUCAAAAUCCAUGUUGUAGUUCCAUGUCCCCAUGUCUUACACCGUUGAUAUAUUUGAUACCAAGCUGCUGUAGUUGUAGAAGGACUGAAGCGACCUUGUGGUACGAUUACCCAAAAUUAAUGUUCUCCUGUUCAUGUUUUUAAAUGUUUUAUGGUUGUAUUACCUUUUUGUUGGUUUGUUAGUUCAAUCCGACGUACCUGUACCAAUUUACUUUCCCAGAAAGUGUUUUAUUUUCACAUGGCUGUACAGUAGAUUUCCCCCCUGGGUGUUCGGAAUUGUGCAAGAGGGCAAAUGCAAGUUAAUGCUGACGAUCUCAAAUGUAUAAAUGUAUUUUUUAUUAAAGAAUUAACUUUUUUUUUUAUA